AUGUUACCACAUGCAGCAAAAAUGGCGGCCAGGGUGGCUGGCGAUCACGAUGGAAGAAACAUUUCAAUUGUUGAUCUUCUGCCAGAAGACAUGCUACCGAUGAUUCACGAACAUUGGUAUAAGUUCCCCCCGAUGGAAACUUCCAUGCAUUAUAUCCUCGGAAUGCUUAUUAUAGUUAUAGGAAUCAUCAGUGUAUCAGGUAAUGGAGUUGUCAUGUACUUAAUGAUGACAGUGAAGAACCUCCGAACUCCCGGUAAUUUUCUGGUAUUGAAUCUUGCCCUAUCUGAUUUUGGUAUGCUGUUUUUUAUGAUGCCGACGAUGUCCAUAAAUUGCUUCGCCGAAACGUGGGUUAUAGGACCUUUCAUGUGUGAGCUCUAUGGAAUGAUCGGCUCAUUAUUUGGAAGUGCAUCUAUCUGGAGUCUGGUAAUGAUAACACUCGACCGAUACAAUGUCAUCGUGAAAGGAAUGGCUGGAAAACCUCUAACGAAAGUUGGAGCACUGUUAAGAAUGCUUUUCGUCUGGAUUUGGUCAUUAGGCUGGACCAUUGCACCGAUGUACGGAUGGAGCAGGUAUGUUCCUGAAGGCUCGAUGACAUCAUGCACUAUUGACUACAUAGAUACAGCUAUUAAUCCAAUGUCUUACCUUAUCGCCUACGCUAUUUUUGUAUACUUCGUACCACUCUUUAUCAUUAUUUACUGCUACGCUUUCAUCGUAAUGCAAGUAGCAGCCCACGAGAAAUCCCUACGAGAACAAGCUAAAAAGAUGAACAUCAAAUCCCUCAGAUCAAAUGAAGAUAACAAGAAAGCAAGUGCAGAAUUCAGACUGGCUAAGGUGGCUUUUAUGACCAUCUGCUGCUGGUUCAUGGCGUGGACUCCUUAUCUAACCCUGUCCUUCCUUGGAAUCUUCUCCGACAGGACCUGGCUAACACCUAUGACAUCCGUUUGGGGAGCCAUAUUUGCAAAAGCUAGUGCCUGCUACAAUCCUAUUGUUUAUGGAAUAAGUCAUCCUAAGUAUCGUGCCGCUUUACAUGAUAAGUUCCCAUGCCUGAAAUGUGGAUCGGACUCGCCCAAAGGUGAUUCAGCAUCCACUGUUGCUGAAUCAGAAAAAGCUGGAGAGUGA